UAGCGUGUCUGGCCGGCGGGCUCCCUCCAUCAAUCACCAGACACCACAAAGCCGUACAUCAAGGCAGCAAAUCCAGCGUCGAUACUUCAUUUUUCUACUGAAUGUAAUCCCUCACACGCCACGCAAAAGCUUCACCGUGCAGCGACCCACAUCUACACACGCCAUUAAAGCCCGCUUGCCUCCCCGCCGUCCCACUUUCACGAACUUUCGAUACCAGCCAUCAACCUCUCCCCAUCCAAACCACGGUCCUCCACCAUCCUACCACCUACUCUUCCAUAAUGGCAACCUCCAUGGCACCCGCCCAGAAUACUGGCACUCCGGCUAGCAGCACCGUGCAAACGCGCCCAGAUCCUGUCCUCCGCCUCCGCCUGCCCGCAGGAACCCUUCGUCUACGAGCUGAGCCAGCGGAGGAGCGCCAUAUCCAGUGGGCCGAAGAUGUCAUCGACAACGAGGGCAUGGGCAAGAAGUCUUCUAAAGUCUGCUGCCAGUAUCAUAAGCCCCGUCCCUACGACGAGUCUUCAGAUGAAUCGUCCUCCGACUCCUCCGACUCAGACUCAGACAGCGAGCCAGACAACAGCACCGCUCGCCCGGUAGGCGGUCGUCGCGGAGGAGGGCGGCCACAGGGUCGCAAGCCACACGACCAUCACCACGACCACGAUCACGACGGCGAAGGCUCCUCAGGGAACCCACCUAAGCGUUCCCAGGCUCCGUCCCGCAAGCGCGCCCCGAACGCCUAUGAGAAGGCUCCUAAGAAGCGAUAGACGGACGUCUGACCAUCAGUCAUGGGUGGUUGCUACGAUACGAUGUAACGACAACGAGCUCGGACAGCGACCAAGACACUCAAAAGGUUGAAUAUAAAGUCUUUAAUUUCAUAGCAUGGCGUUAGGGCGUUCACUCACCGGCCAAUAUGACGGACUUAUUACGUCAUCGUCGGCUUUUCGUGCA